AUGUUUUUGUUUCGUUCUCGAGUGGGCUUAAUAAGAAAAUUUAAAUCAUUUCCAACAUUGAAAAGAUUUCAUAAUUUCAAUGCUAAUGCUACACCCAUUUUCACACCAAACCUUUCUCAAACUCCACAUAACAUUGAACUGAGAGAAUAUCAACUAGAUUGUAUAGAAUCAUGUUUGCAAGCACUUGAAGAAAACAAAAGAAGAAUCGGUGCUGUUUUACCAACUGGUAGUGGUAAAACUGUUGUUUUUGCACAUUUAUUGAAUCAAGUUAAACCUAGAAAGGGUUAUGGUGAUAAAACUUUGAUCUUAGCACAUAGAAAAGAGUUGAUUUUACAAGCUGCUAAAACUUGUCGAAGUAUCAAUCCAGAUAAAAAAGUUGGAAUCAUUAUGUCUGAUGAAUCAAGUGCUACUGAUGAUGAUGAUAUUAUUGUUGCCUCAGUUUCUAGUUUACAAAAUGAUCAAAGACUCAGAGCUCUAAACCCAAAGGAUUUUAAAUUGAUAAUUGUUGAUGAAGCACAUCAUGCUGUUACUAAUAGUUACCUUAGAGUAUUUAAUCAUUUUGAUGUUAAGGAUUCAAAUUCUGAUGUUGCUGUGUUGGAUUUUCAGCCACUUUACAAAGAGAUGAUGAUAAAGAUUUGA